AUGUGUGAGAUUGGGUUCUAGCCAAGGGGUCUGGCAGCUGUCUGCUGUCCUUGUACUGCCCUCCCUCAUACUGUCUGAGAGCUCAUUCACAGUUGUCAGACAGCUUCAGCUCCAGAGAAUCCCCACUGUACACACACUGCUGUCUCACUCGGCUGAUGACAAGGAGCAUUGAGCAGACAGAGAGGUUCACACUGACAGAGAGAGAGACCAGGCUGAGCUGCACUGACAAGGAUUGUGUUUCGAAGAUUAACAUUGUGCACUAACUCUGGAUUGCUGGGCUGAUGGGAUUUGUGGAGCAAACAGGAACAACAUGGAGAAAUAUGAAUACCUUGGUCUGGUCGGGGAAGGCAGCUAUGGAAUCGUAAUCAGAUCCCGGAAUAAAGAAAACGGGAGAAUUGUUGCCAUCAAGAAAUUCUUGGAGGACGAUGAUGACAAAAUGGUGAAAAAAAUAGCCAUGCGGGAGAUUCGGUUAUUAAAGCAACUGCGACACGAGAACCUGGUCAAUCUGCUUGAGGUGUGGAACAGGAGGAAGCGCUGGUACCUGGUUUUUGAAUUUGUUGACCACACGUUGUUGGAUGAUCUGGAGCAGUGCCCAAAUGGGUUGGAGUAUGACAAAGUCAGAAGAUACCUGAUUCAGAUCCUGCGAGGGAUAGCCUUCUGUCACAGUCACAAUAUUAUUCAUCGUGACAUUAAACCAGAAAACAUAUUGGUCUCUCGGUCUGGGGUUGUGAAAUUGUGUGACUUUGGGUUUGCCCGGAGUCUGACAGCCCCUGGGGAGAUGUACACUGAUUACAUAGCCACCCGCUGGUACCGUGCCCCUGAACUGUUAGUCGGAGACACCAAGUAUGGCAAGCCUGUCGAUGUGUGGGCUGUUGGUUGCCUGGUGAUGGAGAUGUUGACUGGAGAGCCACUGUUUCCCGGAGAUUCCGAGAUUGAUCAAUUGUUUCACAUCAUCAGGUGUGUCGGUAAUUUAAUCCCGAGACAUAAGGAACUUUUCCACAAGAAUCCUCUCUUCACUGGACUGCAGCUGCCUGACAUCAAAAGAAUUGAACUGCUUCCAACCCACUAUCCCCACAUUCCCUGCCUGGUAUUUGAUUUGGUAAAGAAAUGUUUGCAGAUAGACCCUGAGAAAAGGCCCUCCUGUGCAGAGUUGCUGCAACACAAUUAUUUCACGGCUGAUGGUUUCUCUGAAAGGUGA